AUGCCUAAAGCGAAAACCAAGUAUAAACAUUUGAAUGACAUAUCACGCCGUCACUUCAAUCGUUUGGUGAAACAAGAAAGUACCAAAAAUGGUGCCUCCACUUCCAAAGUAGGCCUAAUUGAAUGCAAUGCAGAUUCAUUAACUAAAUCAAAAACAACUAUGUCCCCAAAAUAUGAGUGUGAAAGUGAUGUGAGUAGUGAAUGUGUUUUUCAAAUGUUUAAUGAAAAUGUUGAGUGCAAAAGUGGUUUGAGUAGUGAGAACGGAAAUAUGAAAACAUAUAUUAAAUCUGAUUCAAAUAAUACAUCUACAGCUAGUGAAGUAUAUAGUUCUAGUGACAGUAACAGUGAGACUGGUAGUAAUUCCAACUUCAAUGAUAGGUUUCCAACUGGUGAAAUAUAUAGUUCUUUUGUUGAGAAUGAAUAUGAGAGUGGUAAUAAUUCUGACUUCAAUGAUAGGUUUGCAGCUGGUGAUGUAUGCAGUUCUGGUGGGAAUGGUAGUGAGAGGGGUAGUUUUUCAAACAUUAGCUGUAAUAAUAUCGAUCAUGACGACUCUCUAAAUAGGCCUAUUGAUGAUAUAGAUAGUAAAUUAACUAAUUGUAGCCCAGAAUAUAUGUCCAAAUUAGCAAACUGGGCAGUUACAUUUCAAGUAAAAAACAAUGCUCUCAAUGCUCUUCUGCAAAUCCAAAGAAGUGAACCAGGCUAUGAACAACUUCCCAAAGAUAGUCGUACACUAUUGAGUACUCCUCGUUCAACUACAAUUCGGAAAGUUAAUCCCGGGGAAUAUUACCACUAUGGGUUGGAAAAUUGCCUAAAUGAAUACCUUAUGUCUAUAAAAACAGCAAAGCCGACUAAUAUUGAAGUAUUUGUAGGUAUUGACGGUCUUCCCAUUUCUAACAGUGGAAGUAGUCAGGUUUGGCCCAUUCUUUGUUAUUUCAAAAACAAUUUAAAUACAGAUAGAUCCAAAGUGUUCACUAUUGGAAUUUACCAUGGCUACGAAAAACCUUACUGUUCUAAUGAUUUUCUCAAUGAUUUCCAACAUGAAAUGAUGCAUUUAACAUCUAAUGGCCUAAAAGAUAAUGACUCUAAUGUAAUUUUUGUAAAGCUAUCUGCAAUAAUAUGCGAUGCUCCUGCCAAGUCUUUUGUUUUAAAAACCAAAGGACACACUGGUUUUUAUUCUUGUUCAAAAUGUCUUCAAAAAGGUGUAACUGUAAGUAACCGAACUUGUUUCCCAGAGAUAAACUGUGAACUAAGAACCCAUGAUAGUUUUGUGAACCAAGACCAAGUAGAAUACCAUUCAGGUACUUCAAACUUAGUGGGUAUACCUAAUUUUGAUUUAAUUAAGUGUGUUCCUCUCGAUUACAUGCACCUUAUUUGUUUGGGAGUAGUAAAAAAACUUAUGCAUAUGUGGCUUUUUAAGGUCAAAGGGUCUCAUAGACUACCAAAUCAAAUUGUUCAAUCAGCAUCUGAAACAUUGUGUACUAUGACUGAAUACAUUCCUGUUGAAUUUGCUAGAAAGCCGCGAUCUCUUUUUGAAUCCAACCGUUGGAAAGCUACGGAAUUACGGCAAUUCCUUCUUUACACUGGACCAAUUGUUUUAAAAUCCACACUUUCUAAAGACUUGUACUUACAUUUUUUGGCCCUUAGUAUUGCGGUAUCAAUAAUGCUGAGUGAGAAAUAUCACUUAGAACUUUUAGACUAUGCCGAUUCACUUUUGAGGUGGUUUGUACAAAGUUUUUCCAAUAUUUAUGGAAGACAGUACGUUUCCCAUAAUGUACAUGCAUUAAUCCACUUAAAGGCUGAUGUAAUUCAAUUUGGAACAUUAAAUGGAUGUAGUGCUUUUCCAUUUGAAAGCUUUAUGUUUAGUUUGAAAAAGCUUUUAAUACGUAAGCCUUAUAAACCAUUGCAACAAUUUGCCCGUCGACAAGUAGAGUUGUGUAAAGCUAAACCAGAUCUUGAAAAAGAACAGUGUUAUCCAAUUUUAAAAGGGUUGCAUUUUGAAGGUCCUCUAGUUGAAAAUAUGUCUGGUUUUCAAUACAAACAAGUUCAUUUACAAGGUUAUGUCCUGACAAUUUUUACAGGAAAUAAUUGUUGCAAGUUUUCUGAUGGAAGUAUUGUCAAAAUCGAUAACAUAGUUGAACGGGAUGGUUCUAUAAUGAUCCUAGGAAAAGCCUUUUCUAAAGUGAGUGAAUUCUUCACUGAACCUUGCAAUUCAUCUUUGUUAGGAAUCUUUAAGGUAUCUGAUUUAAGCAGUCUGAAAUCUUGGAAUUUGGCAGAUGUAGUGCUCAAGUGUAUACUUUUGCCCUAUUCUGAUGGAUUUGUAGUGUACCCCCUUCUACACCAAAUUGAUUAAAACUUAACUUGUUUUAUUUAGAUGCAUCUGCCAAAUAAAGUGUGGGAGUAUAAAAAGUGUGUUAAGCCCAGUGAAUACCACAUUGUGGGGCAAGUUUUUCCUGCGGGUAAUUAGCUUUUGAAAUUGUGUCGAAUAUAGCAGGGAUCAGGUUAGGGUAGUUUUGCAGUAGGCCUAGUCUUAGUGUCUAGCAAAAAUGCAUUGAACUUUUAGUAGAUUGACACUGCCGCAGUUGAGUCUUGGAUAUGAUAAAAUCCAAUCUUUGUUUUUGUAUCUUAACAUUUACCACGUAGUCCUAGCCACAAUCUUUGGAUUGGGGAGUCAUCAGAUUUCUUCCCUUCUUGGAGGGGUCUCUAAGAAGUUGCUCAUUUGAGGUGUUGUUAUGUGUGCUGUUCUAUGUAACCUGUGGUUUUGUAAUAUGGCCUGUUUAUUAAGUAUUCUUUGAGUUUUUUUGUGAAGCUGUUGAUUGUGGUUGUUGAUUUUAUAUGUUCUGGUAAUAAAUUAUAAUAAUAUGUACCUGAAUUGAUGGUUGCAUUGCUGGUUUUUUGUAGUCGGUGUUGCUUUGUGUCAAUGCAGUGUUUGUUUCGGGUGUUAUAGGUGUGUAUGUCUGAGCGUGGGGUGAGGGAUGUUUUUUUUUUGGCUAGAAGUAUUGUGUAAAAUAUAUACUGGGAGAUUAUUGUUAGGAUUUUGAGUUUUAUGAAGAGGGGUUUGCAGUGUUCUACUAGGUAGGCCUAGUGGAGUCUCAGGAUUGCCCGGAUUGUACUUUUUUGUAUGGUUAAGAUCUUUUCGAUAUUGCUUGUGCUUGCUGAUCCCCAGGCGGUGAUACCAUAUUUUAUGUGGGAAUGAAAAAGCGAAUGAAUGGUAGGCCAUUAUAGCUACGUCCAUUUGUGAGUGUGCGGAUUCUUUUUAUCACAUAGGCCUACCUUGCAGUUGACAGUUUUUUGAUAGGUAUUUUAUGUGAUCUUCCCAGUUGAGGUGUUUUUCGACAACUAUGCCAAGGAAUUUUGUGGAGUUGGCCUUAGGAAUGUCCAGUCCUCUUCUAGUCUGUUGUUGUUGUUGGGUGUGAAUUUUAUGUGGGUCGUCUUGUUUUUAUUUAUACUCAGGUUUAUUGUGUUGCAGUAUGCGGUGGCCUUAUUAAGGGUUUCAUUAAUGAUAUCGGUGUUAUCUGUUGUUCGGUCAGUGGGAAGUAUGAUUGUCGUGUCAUCUGCGAAGAGUAUGUAUGUAUCUGAGUUGUUGUCCAAUUUCUUCCGGGAGGUUAUUUAUAUAUACUGUAAAAAAUAGUGGGCCUAAAAUUGAUCCUUGAGGCACGCCUCUGGUGGUUGUUCUUAAUGAAGAUUUUGUGUUGAUUAAGUUGUUAUUAAUCUGUUGUUCCAAUUCUACAUAUUGUUGUCUAUUGCUGAGAUAACUUUUUAUCAAAUCAAGAGCUUUGUCAUUGAUAUUGUAUUGUUGAAGUUUUAGUAGCAGUGUAUUCCAAUUGAUUGUGUCGAAUGCUUUUUGUAAGUCUAAAAAGAUGCCUGAUGCACACUCUUUUCCCUCCCAGAUGUUUGUUGGUUAUAUCCUCGCAGAGUUGUGAGAUGUUCUUCACUUAGAACAUCAUCACAUCCACUUAACCUGAAUAUAUCUGUUGAUAAAACUCAGCUAGUUGAUCUUUUUUAGAAAUAUCCUGUGUUGUGACGACUGCUUAAUUGAGAAAGCUUUGUUUACGUUUGUUAUGAUCUUGAAAAUGGCUGAAGAGAUGCACCAAAUUAUUGGGUUUUGAAUAUCAUGGCUUAAAUACCGUGUUUGGCCUUGAGACAAGUUAACAGCUUGAUUCAUUACAGGAUCGUAUUUUGAAAGAAACUUAACUAUACAGGGACAAAAAUUGCCAUCAUAAUUUCCACCAUGUUCCACUAUGGCGAACUUCUGAAUGCUAGUGAGUUUUUUACUGGGAACAGAUUGUUUGUUUAUACACUACUGUAUAUGUGACUAAACUUGCAAUAGGCCUACAGUUGUCAUUUUUAAAUAUGUGUGAGUGUUAUAUAUUAAUUUAAUUUUAAAACCAUUUGUGGAAUACUUAAAAACUAAUUCAAAUGUGUUUUCAACUAGGUACAAUGUUUUUAUCAUAUAAAUUUUGAAAAGGUUAUUCAAGAUCCAUCUCCAACAAUGUUAUAUUUUAUUGUAAAAAAAGUUUUGUUGUACUUACCAAUUUUUGUAAUUAAAAUGUUUUAUCUCACCUUGUAAUGGAGUUGUAAAAUUAAAAAUACAAAUUAUGAUAUGCAAGUAUCAUUUGUAGUAGCCUAUUAUUGUUAAACUUCUUAAACGUGUUUACUGAGAUAAAGACUG